GACUUUUGUCUCGUUAUAACACUAAAUGCAUAUCAUCUCUUCAAAAGGUUUAAUGUCCUUAUGCUUCUGAAAGGUUACAAUUGAAAUAAUUAAUAAUUUAAUUUCUUUGGAAUAAUAAUAUUAAUUAUAGUUAUUAUUUUCCUUGAAUUCGAGCAAGUGAAGAUUCCAUCCAGAAAACGGAUGGCCAAUUUAUAAUGAUAUCAGCCACCAAUGGAGGGUGAUAACAGCCGGCCAUGGCGAAAUGCUGGAGACGCAAUGAGGAACAGAAAGAAACGGAGAGAAGAGUACGUGCCAAUGAUCCAGAUUUUAAUGCACAGUUCAAGUAUGCCAACAAUUUCAUCAAAACAUCCAAGUAUUCUUUGGUCACCUUCGUGCCUCAAAACUUGUUUGAACAGUUCCAACGUUUGGCCAACUUUUAUUUUCUUUGUCUCCUCGUCCUCCAGCUGAUACCUCACAUUUCUUCCCUGACUCCGGUCACCACUGCAGUGCCUCUAGCGGUUGUACUCACAGUGACAGCACUAAAAGAUGCCAUCGAUGACUUCCAACGCCACCGGAGUGACAGCCAAGUUAAUAACAGAUCUUCACAAGUCUUACGUGAAGGUCACCUCAUGGACGAAAGAUGGUACAAAGUCCAAGUUGGGGACAUCAUCCGAAUGGAGAAUGACCAAUUUGUAGCUGCAGAUCUCGUCCUUUUGUCCUCCAGUGAACCCAACGGACUCUGUUACAUCGAAACAGCGGAAUUGGACGGAGAAACAAACCUGAAGUGCCGACAAGCUAUUCCAGAGACAGCAGAAUUGGGGGAGGAUCACAACCUCUUUGGUAAAUUCAAAGGUGAUAUCAUUUGUGAGCCACCCAACAACAAUCUUAGCAAGUUUGAAGGUACAUUGAAAUGGGAAGGGGAGACAUAUUCCCUUGACAACGACAAAAUCCUGUAUAGGGGGUGUGUUCUGAGGAACACACGCUGGUGCUACGGAAUCGUCAUAUUUGCCGGACGAGACACCAAGCUGAUGCAAAAUUCCGGGAAAACAAUCUUCAAGCGCACAAGCCUUGACAGGCUCCUCAAUAUCAUCAUUAUCGGUAUCGUGUUUUUUCUAAUGAGUCUUUGCCUGUUUUGUACUGUGGCCUGUGGUAUAUGGGAAACAGUAACAGGUCAACAUUUCCGUGAAUAUUUGCCUUGGGAUUCAGCAGUGCCUGAAACAAUAACAGGUGGAGCCACCGUCACAGCUGUACUUGUAUUUUUCUCUUAUGGAAUCGUAAUGAAUACCGUCGUGCCUAUAUCUCUCUAUGUAAGCGUCGAAGUGAUCCGUUUCUGGCACAGUUUGAUGAUUAACUGGGAUGAGAAAAUGUACUACGCUCACAACGACACACCGGCCAAAGCACGCACCACCACCCUAAACGAAGAACUCGGACAAAUCGAAUACAUUUUUUCGGACAAGACAGGAACACUCACCCAGAACAUCAUGACUUUCAAUAAGUGUUCCAUCAAUGGAAAGCUAUACGGUGACGUCAUCGAUGAGGUCACUGGAGAACCGAUGGUAAUCAACGAGGACUCGAAGCCGGUGGAUCUAUCUUUUAAUCCAUUGCGUGAAGAAAAAUUCAAGUUCUAUGACAAUAACCUAGUGGACGACAUCAAGAGCGGUGAUCCAAAUGUCUUCGAAUUUUUCAAACUGCUUGCAUUAUGCCAUACUGUCAUGUCUGAAGAGAAACCAGGGGGAAUUUUAGAAUACCAAGCUCAGUCACCAGAUGAAGAAGCGCUUACGUCAGCGGCUCGCAACUUUGGUUUCGUAUUUCGAAAUCGUACACCAGCCUCUGUACUCAUUGAAGUGAUGGGACAUCAAGAAGUUUACGAACUCUACUGUAUUCUCGAUUUUAAUAACGUCCGUAAAAGAAUGUCUGUGAUAUUAAAAAAAGACGGUGUAAUGAAGUUAUACUGCAAAGGGGCAGAUUCUGUGAUUUUUGAACGGCUGGACGAAAGUUGCGCCGAACUUAAAUUCAAGACUUUGGAACAUUUAAAUAAAUUUGCUAGUGAUGGAUUGAGAACUUUAUGCUUAGCUGUGAAGGAAUUGGAUGAAGAUGCGUUUGAGGAAUGGAAAGAAAAGUUUCACGCAGCAGCAACAUCGAUGGAAGACCGUGAAGAAAAAGUGAAUGCUGUCUAUGAAGAGAUCGAAACGAAUCUCAUUCUACUGGGAGCAACUGCUAUUGAAGACAAACUUCAAGAUGGUGUACCAGAUGCUAUUGCAAAUCUCGCCAUGGCUGACAUCAAACUCUGGGUACUGACAGGAGAUAAGCAAGAAACCGCUAUAAACAUCGGCUACUCCUGUCGGUUGCUCUCAGACGAAAUGGUCGAUAUUUUUAUCGUGGACGCCAAUGAAUUCACCGAAGUUGCCAACCAGUUGAGACGCUACAGAGAAGCGAUUGCCAACGUUCUUGCUCAUGGCAAGGGAGGUGCAAUAGGUGGAUGUACUGUCAUCAGAUUCGAGAACGAUUACAAUGCUCCUGCUGAAACUCCAGUCGAUCCUUCCGGUGGCUUUGCACUUGUCGUCAACGGGCACAGUCUGGUGUACGCAUUAGACCCUAGUAUGGAAGUCUUAUUCCUUGAAGUGGCUUGCCAAUGCAAAGCUGUUAUAUGCUGUCGUGUGACACCCCUGCAGAAAGCCCUGGUGGUUGAUUUAGUUAAACGUCAUAUAGGAGCCGUCACCUUGGCUAUAGGAGAUGGUGCAAAUGAUGUGUCUAUGAUCAAAAUGGCACACAUUGGAGUCGGCAUAAGUGGACAGGAAGGAAUGCAAGCUGUCUUGGCGAGUGAUUUUUCUCUGGCACAAUUCCGUUACUUGGAAAGACUUUUGUUGGUCCACGGCCGAUGGUCCUAUUUCAGAAUGUGCAAAUUCCUUCGUUACUUCUUUUACAAAAAUUUUGCAUUCACGCUUGCACAUUUUUGGUUUGCCUUCUUUUGUGGCUUUUCUGCACAGACUCUUUAUGAUCCGAACUUCAUAUCUUGCUACAAUGUCUUCUAUACUUCAAUGCCUGUCUUAGCUCUUGGAAUAUUUGAUCAGGAUUGUAAUGACAGAAACUCUCUGCAUUAUCCUAGACUGUACACACCAGGCCACCACAAUUUAUUCUUCAACAAAAAAGAAUUUCUCAAAUCUCUGGUGCAUGGUGUUUGUACAUCCUUCACCCUGUUCUUCGUCUCUUACGGAGCCUUCAACCAGCUUAUCAACAAAGAUGGCCUCAACAUGGACAGUCACCAAUUGUUGGGCACAGUCGUCUCCACGUUGCUUGUACUGGUCGUCACUGCCCAGGUAUCCUUAGAUACAUCUUACUGGACCGUCUUCAAUCACAUUGUAAUUUUCGGCAGCCUCGCUUUCUACUUCGCUUUGACACUUCUCAUCAACAGUGACUUCAUAGCCAGCAAGUACCUAGGGGCAUUCCGGAUGACCCUGAGCUCACCCACCUUCUGGCUGACCACUCUUCUGGUCUUCGUUGUCCUCCUCAUACCCAUUAUCACCGUCCGAUUUUAUUAUGUCCACAUCCAUCCAACUCUCUCGGACAGAGUCCGACUGAAGCAGAGGAGAAUCAGAAUCCACGCGGAAUCUGUUGAAGAACAUCCACAGAUUCUUCUACCACAACUGAUGAGAAGGCCGAGUAGGCGAAAAUCUAUGAGGUCGGGUUAUGCCUUCGCCCAUCAAGAAGGCUUUGGAAGACUGAUCAUGAGUGGAAAGAUCAUGAAGAAGUCCAAAUCAAGCUCCAUCGCCAACAACAUGUUGCCACCCUUGCUUCCAGGAACAAUUACCCAGUUCAGACCGACCAUUCGAGUGUGAAUUUUAAACGGGUAACUAUCAUCACUGCCUCACUGACUGAAAAAUGUAAUUGAAACAGCGCCAAACCUUGUUGGCGAAUCCACAACUUCCUUAUGACUCUGUGAUGGCGUUGAAAGUUAAGCGCGAUUGGUAAUCUAUUCUUCCAGCUUGAAGCCAAAGUUCUAGGACUUUGGCAAUUAUUUUAAAUGUGUCGAUACAAAAUAUUAAAAAAAAUGGGUCAAAGAGAAUGAUUUGAUUGCAAUGAAACACUUUUUAAUAAAGGUUUAGAAAAUUUCUAGUCUGU